AUGUUGAAAGAGUGGCGCGCAGCUGACGCAGAGCGCACUGUGCUGCUGCCGCUGACACUCACGGACAAACAGCAGUGCACUGACCCGGGCUGCACGGGGCUAAACGAACCGCGGAGAGCAAUGCUUUCACUUCACCUUCUGUAUUCCUUCCCCACGUGGCUCAAGUGCUCCGAGUCCGAGGAAGCCUAUGUGAAGGUUGGACAGAGCCCGGUAAAGAUGCCCAUGCCUUUACGCACAGCUGCUGUAUACAAAGAAGCCACGAGACCGGCGCGCUGA